UACCCAAGGUACCCACAAUGCUGACCACAAACAAGCUAAAAAGUAUUCAGGGAAGUCAAACAAAUAGAAAAAGAUAUUUCUUCACAAUGGUUUGCAAAGGUUGCGGAGCUAACUGCAAGUGCACGGACACUAGGUGCGGCGACAAUUGCGCCUGCAGUCAGGAUUGCAAGUGCGUGUGCAAGAAAGGACCCAAGGACCAGUGCUGCAAGACCAAGUAGAUAAGCCCAUCGAUCGAUUGAAUUGAAACCAAUAAAAAUAUCAGUCCCUAAACCUCAA